ACUAUUUGAAAUUGUAGGUCCAAGCCACAUCGCCCUAAGAUUGACAUUUGAUGCGCAUCCAGCUCUGCUCACAGUGCAAGUGGAUAUGGCAGAUCCUAGUCGCCUAGGGCACGCUAUAGCUGCUGAGUGCGUCGUUGGCGCUGAUCACGACGCUGCUGGCCGGGGUGCUUCGCCCGGGCAGCGCGGGGCGCGCGGACGUCCUGCAGGCGCUCCCGGGCUCCCCGCCGCUGUACGCUGCAGUGCUGCUGGCCACGUUGCAGAUCCUGCUGUCCACCGUGACUUCUCGUGGCGCCGCGCGGCGCUGCGCGUGUCGCUGCUGGCGGGCGCCGUGCUGCUGGCGCUGGCGUCGCCGCGCCUGCCGCUGGUCAUGGGGCUGCUGGGCGCGGCCGUCACGGGCCCGCUGUCGCUGGUGCUGCCGCCGCUGCUGCACGCGCGCCUCCUCAGCCGCCUGCACGCGCACGCGCUGCCGCCAGACGACCCCGACGACGCCGACGGCGACGACGCCAAG